AUGGGCGUCGUGACUCUUCUCCUUCUGGCGUUCGCCCUCCUCUCCGCUCACGCUGCGGAGAUGAAAACCCGCGACGACCUCGCCGGUUCCGGAGGAACCAACAAAGAUUUUAUCAACAACUACGACACCGUCACUCCCGAAUCGGUCAUCACCCCCCGGCCCAGGGACCCCCAGCCUGUCGCCGAGCCUGUUCCCGAGCCAGUGACUCCCGAGCCUGCUACUCCCAUCAGUCCCGUCACCACUCCUAACCCCGUGUCGGCCUCUCAGGACGUCUUCACUGAUGAUCCCUUUGGCACUCCGAAGCCGUCGGUCACGAAUGCCGGCCCGUCGUUCGACCCCAACGACCCUCUGGGCGGCAGGGACCCUCUCGCGGGCGAUGACACCAAGACCGGUAUGCAGCAGACAAGCGCGACCGACUCCAGCGCGUAUGACGGCACUGCGCAACCCAACCAGGUCAACCAGUUGCCCCCGAAUUUCCCCAAUGCGCCCGCCAACGACACUGGCGUCGCCCAACCGGCCACCUGCGACCCGUCCGACCUGGCCGAUUACACGUCGUCGUAUCAAAUCACCAAGCACGGCCACGUCCUGCACUGGGCCGUCGUCUCCCCAACGGUCGUCAAGAUCGCGUUCGAGGCGAAGCGCGGCAGCGGCGCGGCGUUGGGAUGGGUGUCCGUGGGGUUCUCCAAGGACGGCAAGAUGUCGCCGGCUGACGCAAUCAUUGGCAACCUUCCCGACUCGCCCAUCGCAGCGUACUCGAUGACGGGAUACGACGCGGGGUCCAUCACGGUCAACAAGAACCUGUGGAUCGGCGACGACGCCAGCCUAGUGAGCAAGACCAACGGCAGCCUCAUCAUGAAGUUCUCGAGGUCCAUCACUGAUGGCGUUGCGCCCAUCUCCACGACUGCGCCCGUCACCGUCAUCUGGGCGUUCUCAGCCGACAACACCAAGCCGCUCGCCUUCCACGGUGACAAGAGACGUGGCUCUUUCCUGGUUGACUUCUCGUGCAAUGGCGGCAGCGGCGUGGGGACGCAGCCGACAACACCUGCGCCGGUGCCGGUCCAGGAUACGCAGGUGACGGUGGGGUCGUCGUGCCCGGUGUCGACGCUCGGCCAGUACGACCACCAAGCUGACCUUUACGACGGAAAGAUUCUGCUGCACUGGAAGGUUCUGCCCGGCCCCGUGUUCCAGAUGGCUUUCGAGGCGAAGCGCCUCAGCGGCGCGGAGAACAGCUGGAUUUCCGUUGGCUGGUCCAACAACGGAGCCAUGGCGCCUGCCGACGCUGUUGUUGGUAACAUGCCCGGGAUCAAGGCGUACCGCCUCGAUGGUUACAAACUGACUGAACUCGUGAACGGCACGUUUUCGCUCGGGCUCAACCCGUCCGUCACCACCUCGGCUUCUGGGUCCACAGUUGUGAAGUUCUCCCGUACCAACGGGGAUGGCGGCACAGUUGCCAUCAACCUGAGCGGCGAGACGUACGUCAUCUGGGCCUUCUCCCGCGGCAUGCUUCAGGCGUUCGGCUAUCACGAGUACAACAGGGGUCUCACCAUGGUUGAUUUCCUCUGCAACACUGCCCCCACCACCCUGAUGCGACCUGGCGAAAAUGUUGCGAACAUUCCGGGUGCUAAUGUCGACCAAGAUGACGACGCGGGCCUGACCCCUGCCGAGCCUACUGCUGCUUUUCCUACAUUCUCGCUCAAGCCCCCGACAACCACUGGCGCUGCUGCGGCUACAGGCGGAGCCGCCUCUGCUACAGUCGUCACCGGAGCAGCUGUAGCGGCGGCGAAGACAUUGGUGACGCCUGCCGCCACGGGCACGUGCCAGGCGUCGACUCUCGCGGGCUACACGAGCUCCGUGGACCUCUCAGGCAACGGGCUCAUCCUCCACUGGAAGACGUCAACCGGGUCAACGAUCGACCUCGCUCUCGAGGCCAAGUCAACGAGCGGCGCGGCGAGCGGGUGGUUCUCGGUGGCGUGGACCAACGGCGGCAUGUUCAACUCCGACGCCGUCAUCGGGAACCUCGCGACGGCCAGCGGCGUCGGCACGUACGCGAUAUCCAGCUACUCGAAUGUGGUUACCACCACGCGCUUCGCCAUCACCGGCACGAGCGUCACUUCGUCGGGCGGGAGCACGAUUGUGAAGUUCACGCGCGCGUCGGGGAACGGGCUCGUGCCGGUGAACGUGGCGGGGAGCAACAAGCUCGUGUGGGCUUACUCGUCCGGCGGCUCGAAGACAGUCGCCAACCACGGCGGCUCGCACAGCGUGCUGCUGCACUGGAAGCGAGCAUCCGCCUCGCAGCUGGACAUGGCCGUGGAGCUCAAGAGCAGCAGCGGCGCCAGCAACGGCUGGUUCGCCCUCGGUUGGGCCAACAGCGGUGAUAUGGCUCCCUCCGACGCAGUCAUCGGCAACAGGGCGGGUGGAGUUGUUCUCGCGCACGGCCAACACAGGGUCUCAAGGCAUGAAGAUGAGCGGCGUCAGUCGGCUCAUCUGGGCGCACUCCAACUCUAA